UAAAUAUGUAAAGGUAAAUGAAAUAUUUACAACAGCAGAAUAGAAUAGUCUUUAUUGUCAUUGUAACACGGGGGUACCUCAAAAUUGAAGGUGCUCUCACAGAGCCACUACAGCAGGAGAAAAAAAAAAGAAAUAUACAUACAACAAUAUAUACAGAAAAACAAACCUCGUAGUGUAAACUUCCAGGAGGUAAUGCAGGUUGAGCAGACCAGAGUAAAUACUUUGUACAUUAUAAAUAUAGAAGAACAGAAGAACUGCAGAUUUUAAUAUUACAUUUGUGCAAUUGCAGUUGGAGGGGUGGGGGUUGUUAUUUGUCUGUGGGUGGGUGAGUGUGCAUUUGUCCGUUGGUGUUAACAGUCUGGAUAGCUCACGGGAAAAAGCUGUUUGUCAGUCUGAUGGUGUGGGACUUGAUUGACCUGUAGCAUCUUCCAGAGGGUAACACUUAACCACUAAGCCACCACUGCACCGGACAUCAAAAGGACACAGCUUUGUAUUUUAAGGCAAAUAAGUGCACUUCUGUUUAUGUCAACAUUUCAUAAAAAGUCUCAAAAAUGAAAAAUUCAUAAAAAAUAAGUAGAAAUGCACUUAUUUGCUUAAAAUGUGCUUUUUAUGGUUAAAACUCAAUUCUUUGCAGCGACCUUUUGACCUUUAAUCAAAUGCGACAUGUACAAAUAAUAGUGAUGGAGCAUUGGGUAUACAAGUACUUUACCUUCACUACACCACAGUGUCUCUCUUCUUCUGUCCCACUGUUAACCAUUCCUACAUGUCCACCUUAAACCCUGACUCCUCCCUCCUCCUCUUAUGAAUCCAAACUCCGCCCUCUUUACCACUCAAAGUUGCCCUCUCCCACUGUCUCCUCCCCCGCUCAGGUGCAGCUCAUCCACGACAACACCACCCCGGCCAGCCCUGCCACCCCAGCUACCCCACUCAGCCCCGCAGAGGGGGCCCAGAGCCCCGGUGAGCAGGUACAGAUGACCUGGACCGAGAAGUGUGACGGCGAGCCCGCCAAACCACCCGGCGCUGCCACACCUGAGGGCAUCAAAGACAUCUUCAACAUGAAGCCUGAGUGGGAGAACCUGAACCAGUCCAAUGUGCGACGUAUGCACACAGCACUCCGGCUGAAUGAAGUCAUCAUGAAGAAAUCCUCAGAGGCCAAGCUGGUCCUCCUCAACAUGCCCGGUGCACCUAAGAACCGGACAGGUGAAGAGAACUACAUGGAGUUCCUGGAGGUCCUCACCGAGGGUCUCAACAGGGUCCUCCUGGUCCGCGGAGGCGGCCGUGAGGUCAUCACCAUCUACUCCUGAAGGAGCAGCUCUCCCUCUCCCUUUUCCUCACCCUCACCACCACCUUUCUAUCUUUCCCUCAGCCUUGUCCCUCUGUUCCUGCUCUCUAGUCAACACUGCUUCAUCAUCACCAUCAUCAAUUUCACGACGCCUUUAAUCCUGUUUAUUUCUUCUUAUUAGAUUAGCGACAGCUCAACUCUGCUUCAGCACUUCUCCCUCUGCUCAGAUCACAGUAGAACCGUGAGCAAAAUUCACGGGCUCACCCACGAAACCCGUCACUUCUUCCUGUCAGUUGUUAGAGGGAGUCUCUCAGAGACACUCCUCCCACCCUUUGUACCUCAUAAUCCACUGUAGUAACUCUAACUCAGCUAAGCUUCACCCCAGAAUAGGGUGGAGGAGCAGGAGGGAGAGAAAUAGGGGUUAUGUUAGCUGAGGUGCCAGAGAACAUGCAUGCACGUCUGUCUUUGUUUUACUCUCUGAGGGUUAUUCCUUUGUCUAUGGUGUCAUUUGAAGCUGUAGACUAAGGCAGAGGAGAACCAGCAGAACUGUGCUCUGUGUAGGUGUAUGGUCACACACAUUGUUUUCAGAGCAAAAGACACUAAGAACUACAGUCACGACCACCAGCCAGGAGAAGACGAAGAACAUAGUUUACUGUACGAACUGUGAAAAUCACUACAACGACCAGAGAAGACGUCUACAAAAGGCACGUGGAUCAAGUCUGCAGUAUCAGCUCUGCUCCUUAGCAUGAAAAUCCUGUGGUGUGUUUGUGGAUGUUUUUUUUUUUUUUUUUUUUACCCCUACCAGUUUUGUUGUUGUUGUCGUCGUCGUCGUCACCGUCAUUCUGCUCGUCAUCGUCUCGCCUCAUCUCUAUCAUUAGUGGCCGUCGAUCAAUAACGGUCGCUGUUAGUGCCAAAAAAAAAAAGAAUAAACAGGACUUGCUUAGUCUGUAGAGAUUGACACGUGAUUAAACUGUGAACAAAGCAUUUCCCAGCAGAAGGCUGGUGUGAUAGCGAAGUUUAGAGAGGGAGAGAAAGAGUCGACCCCCUCCCCUCCAAACUACCCACCCUGAGGAGAUUUCCAUUGCCAGCAUCCUCUGACAUUCGCGUGGAUCCAUGUAAAUAAUGUACAAGCUCCGGCGCGUUGUUUCAGUAAGAGUGUAGUGUCUCUGUGACAAAUGAAAAAGAGGGUUAGAAGGAGCAGCAGCUCAAAAAAAAAUAAACUAUUUAUAAUUUCAAGAUUUAUUUAUCAAGUCUAUUUAUUAGAUGGCGUGAGCUCCUGUCGCCGUGGCAACUGUCAGUGUCACAACCACUGUAAUGCACUACACCUGCACUGUCGGCCACUGUGCAAAAGCAGUGAAACUUUGACCGAGAUCACGACUAAACGUUAUUUUUUCAUCGAGAAAACAGAUAGUGUAUUUACGUUUGUAGGUAAAAGUUACACAAAGGACGAGAUGUAUCAUUUCAAAGAUACUAUGUCGCUGUAUUGCCAAAUUUUGAUGCGUUAAAUGUGCCAUAUCAAAGUGUUAAAAUCAAAGUGGACAAAUAAAAUAUUAUAAAAAUCAGGCAGGGAUGAAAUGUAAAGAUGCUGUAGUUGCAAAGUAGAUGUUAAAAAAGAUUGAACAGACUAUAGUCAGUUUAUAGGCUCCAGUCUUAUUAAACAGAGGACAGUGGAUUCUGUAGCUAGAAAAGCUUGCUCUGUCCACAAGGCUAAACUCUAUGCAGUAGAGAUUUUUUUACUGAACCUCUAGAUUGGCUACAGAUUUGAGUCGCACUGAUGUGAGCAAAUCAUGGUUAGGAUUAAAACAAAAUAUAUUUAUGAGAGUAGAACAAAAGUGCAUCGCAGACGGAUCGUGCAAUAGUUGAAAUCUGGACCCAUGUGACCAUGUUAUUUUUUUACACAUCUAUUUUGUAUAUGUAGAUUUGGUAUUGCUUUUAAAAUUCCAGAAUCAUUUCACAUUGACCAAGGACAAGUAACUGUCACUUUACUUUACUUUUUUCUUAAAGAAACUGUUGUUGGUCAUUUUGCACUUGUAGUAGAACUAUAAAUAUAAAGAAAUACAUACAUAUAUAUAUAUAUAGCUAUAUAUAGUACAUACAGUAUAGUAAAGAAAAGUAUUCGUUUUUAGAACUAUUUAAAACCGUAUUAAAUGUUUUCAGUGUUGCUUGAAUGUCGGAUUGUAUGUUGUGAAUGCUGCUAGUAUCAAUAUCAAUUUAUUUGUUUUGUAAAUAGAGACGACUAAUGAGACAGAAACAAGGGUAUAUGGACAUACAUAUCAGCGGCAGUGGUCGGUGGCUGUCUACUCAGACCAAGGUGUUCCUGUAAACGCAAGGCUCGUGAUCUGUGGACAGGGUUAGCUUUGUGUUUUAUUAGAAAACUGUACUGAAAACCACGAUGCAAUAUUACAAAUCGAGGGAAAGCCCUUUGAACUUUUGUCGUCUUUUUCAAAAGAAAAUUAUUUUUCCCUUAAUCCCAUCCGUGGAGGUAACUGAUUUUAAGGCGACGCAUUAAGUUACAUGAAGAGAAAAUGUGUUUUAGAAGUGUUUUCACACUAAUAAAAAGCUGUCCACUCCGUGUUUCCUAAGAAUAUUUGGUGCCAAGUCUUUAAAUUUUCACCUUUCUGAGCCCUUCAGCUUAACUUUGACAUGAGGGGCCCUGUGAUAUUUCUAUUUUAAGAGAAACACUCCUGUUCUUGGACGGUCUCCACGCAACAUUGCCUGCAUCAACUGAGCCUUUUCGAACCCAUUGGAAAGAAAAUUACAUAUAUAUAUAUGAUGUUUAUUGGAAAUUGAUUCAUUUAUUGGAAUUAUAAAUGUUUUAUAUUUGCUGUUUGCAUGGUGCCGUGUGGCAGUAUUUAUUUUAGUGGUUUCUCUAGUGACGACUUUAAUUUACGUCCGAGUUACAGAAGGAGAGGGAGGGGGGCGUGAAUCGUUCUAACGGAAGAUUCCCGAACACGUUAGUAUCCGUAAAACGCGUGAUGCGACGCGUUUCCACCGUGACAACAGGAAUUUUAUAUAGUAUAAUUUUACCACGUUGUUACUUGUUACGUUUCUAUCUUAUUCAAGUAGUCUUACGUACCGUUGAAAGACUUCGGCGUUUUACAUAUGAAUGGGCCACUAGAGCGGACAUUUCACCUUUGUACAUAUCUGUUACCGCAGUCAGAGACACUGUAACCUGCUGUCCUCGUCUUUUGUUGUACACUGUUCUAUCACUGUGGACAAAGUCUUGAAGUUUUGUAAGAUGACGUGCAAUAUUCUUCCCACUACUGUUACUCUUUUCGUUUGGCCACACCUUUACAUUUAUUUAUUUAUUCAUAAUUUACUGCAGGUGUCAACAGUGUUUACAGUUUUUCAUUAGAAUGUCUGUCAAAGGGUCUAAUGGACCAUAAAGAUCCCAGGUGUCCCAACCGGAAACCGACUGAGACAGAGACAGAAAAGCACUUUACCGUGAUGGGGCGCUCUUCUGUGGCAGCUUCAGUCUGCAGACUGUGCGGGAGCGUUGCACUCAUUCUCCCACAGUGACCUCUUGUGGCACAUGUGUGUAUUACAGCCAGCUGUGCAGGUCUGAUUACUCGGACUGUAAAGAAAAAAAUAUGAGGAUAUCAUUGUCAAGUCUGCUGCGGUUUUGAACUGCAGUGACGUAAAAAUGCUACCUGCUGAUUAUUGUUUACGUCAUUCAUCAUUUCCGUUCACAUUUUUUCGCAUGCACUACAUUCUUUCCUUUGUAAUCUUGCCAAACUUCUUUAAAGAAAAAAAAGUUAUCGUAAGUGUUCACUUUAUAAUGCUUGUGGCUCAAAUCUGUGAGAUGAGCCUCUCCCAGAAUCCCGCCAAUCCCCUCCCCCAUCUGCCCCUACUUGCCCUGGCCUCCCCAUCCCAGCCACUGAAUCCACCCCAGCUCUGUAUUUUAAAUGUGACUGCAUAUAAUUCUGAAAAAUGAUCAAAGAAUAUAAAACUCGCGCUUCCAAAUCUGGUACUGGCUCUGCUUAGACAACACAACAUUAGCUGACUCAGAAAAAAAAACAGCAAGUUCCUUCUCCAGCCCCCUCCUUAAAGAAAAAAAGAUCCUCAAUUCUGAUCAAAUGUUUUCACCUGCACCACUGUAGCAUGAGACGAACUCGCCAGGUGAUCAUUACUCAGUCUCCAUCCUUAACGGAUAUUAAGGGCUCUGAAACAAAUCUGUUAAAUGGGUUGAGGAGGACUUCCUUUGACACAACAACAGAGGGAGUUUUAAAAAGAGACAGGACAAAAAAAGAGAGCUGACACAGCCUGAAGAUCAAAUCAGAUCAGAUUGUAAACGUCAGGGUCGGGGGACACAGAUGUGCCUGACACUGACCAUAGAACAACUACUCUUCGAUCCGACAAAGACAAACUUUCUGGGAGUCACGUCAGGAAAAAAAAUAAACGACUUUCUAGUGGCUAUGAGUGGAGUCGAAGCAGAGCCCUGUUCCAGUAAUGUUGUGUAACUCAGUGCAUGCAUGCAAUUACCCUGAACAAGGUGUAUUGAAAAUAUAUUGGGUGUUUGUGGUAUACGAGUAUUUUGUUUAUAUUAGUUAGAAACCUUUCUUUGGAGUGGUAUGGUUAUAUUAUUUCUCCUUCCUUAAGACGGGCCAAUCAUUUGAAUCCAAUGUGAUUAUUAUUAUUCCAGAUUCUAUUUUUAUGGUAGAUUUGUUCACGUGUCAGAUAUUCUCUUUAGACAAACUGAUUACCAAAGUCUGUUUCUGUUGACGGCAUAACUGAUAGUGUGACCAUGUUUGCUCCAGUAAAUUAGACCAAUGGACACAUAUACAACCUUCACUCAUGUAGAAUUUCAGGAUCAUUUGCCAAAGUAAUUAGAGGACUGACCUCUGCAAUUAACAGUCUGACAUUUUUAAUUACAAGCUCUAGUUCGAAAAAAAAUGUUUUCUUUUUUUUAUGGCAGGCAUUGUAAUACUAAUAUAAAUUUAACCACAGUAGCAAAUGAGGUCUGGUUUAAAUUUCAAAUUUUGUCUUUUCAAUUUUCAACUGAGAUAAUUUACUUGAAAGCCACACAGUGGAAGAGUGGUUAGUGCUCUUACCUUACAACAAGAACAUCACUGGUUGGAAGCUGAGGGUCUUUCUGUAUGGCGUAGGGUUUUUGUUUCCUCCCAGUUUAAAACGCGCAGGUUUAGGUUGAUUUUUCACUUUAAAUUCACCAUUGGUGUGAAUGGAGUGUGAAUGGCUGGUUGUCUCCGUAUGUCACAAGCUGGAGAACUGACUGGCAGGAUUAGCUGGAGGAUUAAGCGACAGGAGAUUAAUAAAUGAUUGCAAAAGACCUACAGCAGGUUCCAGUAAACUUCAACAUGUGGAGACAAAUGUAUCAAUUAAUGUUGUAGUAUACUUUAAAGCUAGCAGAAAUAAGUCACAAACCUUUUGAGAUUCUGUGGUUCGGUUGGUUGCGUGGUUUUGUGGAAAAAUAAUUUUCCUUGAACUGGAAAUGAAGAGUAACUUGGUGAUUCACUCAGGCUGCUUUGCUUCCACCAGUGCCUAAAAAACAGUACUUUUGGACAACAAGUCAAGUCAAAUUAAUAAUCAGAACAAUACUGCAAAUAAUUUGUCUAAAAGCAGUACAUUUUAAAUAUUUAAAACAUAAAACUAGGUCAACACAUUUGGAUUUUAAGUGAAAGAUGCUGUUUUUUUGUGAACAUUUUGGCAGUCAAUGGUGAAAAUCUUCAGGAAACUUAAAUCUUUCUCUCUGAGAAAAAAAAACCCAACUGUGUCCAGGCUGAUUGACUGGAGCAGCAGGAAACGUUUUGUAUGGAUGCUUUAAAAAAAAUGCAACAAUGUAGAUUAACAGUACUGAACAGAAGGACACAACUGUAUCAAACAAUUGUUUCUCCUCAUUCGGACCAGUUGUGGAUAAUGUACCUAGUCUUAUGGUAUCACUGUAAUGUGUUCUUUUCAGUUUUGUGAGAGUGUAUGUGUGUACAUGUGCACUUGUAACUGCUGGGGGCAGGGUUGGUUGUGGAUGAGGGUGGGAUGGGGCUACGUGUAAAUAAAUCAAGUACAGUUAGUGUGGAGGUGUUUAUUUUUGUGUCAGUGUAAGUUAAAUAUUCUAAAAUAAAAUAAGCAAAUGUAUUAUUCUCUAUUGUGUUUCAUGGUACAUUGAUAAAAAGAGGAAAAAGUAGUUUUAUCUUACAUUUCAAAUGCUUAUAUCUCUAUGGCUUCUGGCGAUACCCGUUCCAUUUUAUAGAUUUGUCAGCACAAAAUGCAAUAAACCAAUACCAUUUUAAUACA